AUGGAUCAAUUUCAAAAUGACAGAUCUUCACUUGCUGACUUAUCCAUGGAUGAAUUGCAAACUCAUCUAAGAAAUGCAUUACACAAUAACAGAUAUUUACUUGUACUAGAUGAUGUUUGGAAUAACGAUCGUGAGAAAUGGCUCGAGUUAAAAGAACUACUGAUGGGUGGUGCCGGUGGAAGUAAAAUUGUGGUGACUACGCGCAAAAAUUCAGUGGCUUCAAUCAUGGAUGGGCAAGGUAAGCAUUACCCGAACCUCGUAAAACUUGGGGAUGAGAUUGUUAAGAGAUGUGGAGGGGUUCCUCUUGCAGUAAGAGCUUUAGGGGGCUUCCUUUUUCGAAAGGUGGAUGAACAUGUUUGGGUAUCGGGAGUUGAUUCAAUUUUGGUUGGCACACGGUCUCAUUCAGCCAUCUAG